AAUCGGUGGUACGUUCACUCACACGCAUCGGUUUUUUCAGACAGAGCUUUAUAGCGGUGUGCCCUUUUCAUUUUAUAGAGUGCUGCUCUUCUCGGCGCUAAAUUUCAUGCAUUUAAGCAGAACGCUCCGAAGGAAAAAACAGCGACGUGUCAAGUUUCGAUUUUUGGAAAUAUUUUGCGAAGAUGAGUCAGGAAAAGGCGGCGGUUGACGACCACCACCACCACCACAAAAAGAAGUUUUCGAUCGAGAUUCCGGAAAUUUUAAAACCGAUCGAACGGAACUACUCGGUGCGCAGUUUCCUGUAUUGGAACAUCGUCGACGAUGCGAUAGAGGAGGGUGAGAACCGCGGUGCAGAGAUGACCGCGGGGCUCGACGCCAACAGCGCCACCACCAACGGCGCGGCCGGCAAGAAAAACGACGAUGGGGUGUUCACCGUGUCAGUUACCGGAGCAUAUGAAAAUGAAGGAUUCAAGGGUGACGGCACCGGAAAUGCCCCUCACAAGCCCCCCAGGGAGCUCACCGACGAGGAGGCCUCCCAGCAGGGCAAAUUCAAAAUGUCCACCAAAGAAAAAUGGCGGAUAUUGAAGAACGUCACUGCGAUCAGUUGCGCGUUCAUGAUUCAAUUCACUGCGUUCCAGGGAACUGCCAACUUACAGUCUAGUAUUAACGCCAAAGACGGUUUAGGAACCCUAUCACUUAGCUCGAUAUUCGCCGCACUAGUGGUCUCAUGUAUAUUCGUACCCUCAUUCCUUAUUAAAAGGCUCACAGUUAAAUGGACGCUCUGUAUAUCCAUGCUCUGUUACGCCCCUUACAUCGCCUCGCAGUUCUACCCCAAGUUCUACACCCUGAUACCUUGCGGGAUCAUCGUGGGCAUCGGCGCUGCGCCCAUGUGGGCGUCCAAGGCCACCUAUUUGACCCAAGUGGCGGGCGUCUAUGCCAAAUUGACGGAUCAGGCGGUGGACGCCAUCAUUGUCCGGUUCUUCGGGUUCUUCUUCUUGGCCUGGCAAACCGCCGAGCUCUGGGGAAAUUUGAUUUCUUCGCUCGUUCUGAGCAACCCUCACGGAUCAGACUCGGGACACCCGACGGACUAUAGCAAAUGCGGCGCCAACUUCUGCUCCUCGAUAAGUAACAGCGAGGGCGACGAGGGCGUGGCCAAGAACGAACUUUACACCAUCAUGGGCAUCUAUUUGGCAUGCAUCAUCGUCGCAGUCAUCCUCAUAGUCCUAUUGGUCGACCCACUGUCCAGGUAUGGUGAAAAACAACGUAGGAACAGUGCGGCGGACCUCACCGGUAUCCAACUGCUCAGCGCCACCUUUAUUCAACUGAAGAAACCUUACCAGCAGCUGCUCAUCCCGAUUACCAUCUACAUCGGCGUGGAGCAGGCCUUUAUCGCGGCCGAUUUCACGCAGUCGUACGUGUCCUGCGCUUUGGGUGUCCAGAAUGUCGGAUUCGUCAUGAUCUGUUUCGGCGUAGUGAACGCCAUCUGCAGUUUACUCUUCGGUAGCGUCAUGAAGUACGUGGGACGUGUCCCGAUUAUUAUUUUGGGCGUGUCCGUGCACGCCGGCAUCCAGAUCUUCUUGUUGUUAUGGGGUCCGCAUCCCACCAACCCCUUGCUGUUCUUUAUGGCCUCAGGGUUGUGGGGGGUGGGCGACGCCGUCUGGCAGACCCAAAUAAACGGUUUAUAUGGCGCCCUCUUCAGGCGAAACAAGGAGGCCGCCUUCUCCAACUAUCGCCUGUGGGAAUCCGUCGGUUUCGUGGUCGCCUUCGCUUACUCCACCCAGUUAUGUACUAGGGUCAAACUCUACGUCCAGUUGGCCAUUUUGCUCAUCGGUUUCCUGCUGUACUGCGCUGUUGAGAUCCACCAUAUGCGCAAGAUAAGGAGGCAAAAGGAGAAGGAAAGAAGGGCGGCCGAAUUGGCGGCCAAGCAACAGGCCGCCGCCGAACUCGAACCCGAAACCACCGACGACGAGAAGGAUGAUAUCGAUGACGAGAUUAUCGUUACGCAUUUGUAGACGGUUGAUGUUUUUUUUUUUUUAAAAGUCAUUUAAGCUGCAUUGAAAAGACGAUUUCUUCGGCUACUAACCAAGUAAGAACUUGCAGGCAUUCCAUAAAAGGCUUCUCACGUAUCUGCAGCAUGGAAUCGUCGUCUGGGACCAGUGGUCGAAGCACAAAAGCGCCGAAGUCGCCGUCAUUAUCGUAGAUAAAAAAAAAUAUGAUUUUAAUUAAACGUAGAUUCGAUGUAAUAAAAUCAGUAUUUUUCGUUUGGUAGUAUAUUAAUUUAGUUAAGUGCGGGCCUGUUAUUUUGGCUGCUAAUAUGUAAAUAUAUGUCCUUAGUAGUUAUAUGUAAGAGGAACAUACGUCCAAAAAAACAUAAAAAAAAAUAAUGGAAAUCAUGUAGUGGAUACCGCAAAAUAUAUAAGAUUUAUCACUAAGCUGUCUGUGAUGCUACAAGGAAUUUACUAAAGGUUGUCCCGUGCCAUUUUGUCCGGUAAAUAAGAAUUUCAAAACAGAACAUGGAUCCGAUAAACAGUGAUAAAAUCUCCGUUGUUAUUUAUGUAAACAUAUUUUAUUUCCUGAUUAUAAUAUUAUUAUUAUUGUUAUAUUGAUAUUAUUAUUAUUAUUGUACAUACAGAAAAAAAAAACACAUUUUAAUUGUAAGUAGCUUAAUUAAGGAUCCGCCACUCAUCAUGCAACACUGUAAAUUGAUUAUUAUUAUUAAUAUUAUUAUAAACAUUGUCAAGUAACUCAGUAUUUUUAGGGCAAUACUGUGUAAUUAAUAAAGUAAAUAUUUCGAAAAA